AAAUAUCCUUUUUCCGUUAUUUCGGUACUUCUCGCUGUGAUACAUAGCAGAGUUUGCUGUCUUGUUGCAGGACUGUAAAAGUUAUCGCCGUUAGGCUACUUUGUGUCAUGUUUACUAGUUAAGCUUCCUAGUUUAGCUCGUACAGUGCACAAGGUGGUGAAGUUUUUUCAGCUGUUUAACAGGAGUACACCAAGAGAGUAGAAGUGUGAAUCUACUCCUCAAGAUGGGAGCUUUGGUUUCUCGUUGGAGGACCAAGCCAACAACUGUGGAGGUAUUGGAGGGGCUUGAUAAGGAUAUCCAAACCCUUGAGGAACACAGAGAAAAGAAUCAGAAACAGCUGAAGUUAUGGGUGUACAGAUUACUUCUAUAUUCAACCCUUCUGUACCUGUUAGCCUGCAUGGUUGUUUAUAUGUGGUACAUCCCUGAACAGCUAAUGGGGAAACUAAUAUUGGCUUCACCCUUUUUAAUAUUUCCACUACUUGUAUGGCUUCUGAGAAAACUGUUAAUUAUGUUAUAUUCAAGAAGGACAGAAAGAAAUGUUGAAAAAUUAGAAGAAUUGAAAGCUGAAAAAAAGAAAAUACUUGAACAGGUGAUGGAGACGGAAACGUACAAAAAUGCCAAAUUGAUACUGGAGCGGUUUGAUCCAGAUUCUAAGAAAAAGAUUGAGCUGGAUGCUACACCCAUCGGACCUCCUGUAACUCCUCGGCAAGGUCAAGAGCUUCGUCAGAGGCAUGUGACUCCUCGCCCUCCUGUUCCUGUGACUCCAAACCUAGCAGUAGCAGCACGUCCUCCUCCUGGCCCUUCUGCCCCUCCUGCCCUGAUCUCAGCCCCAGGUGGGCCUCCAGAGAGGAACCUGUCUUCUUCUGCCCAGCACCAUAACCUGCUGAGGAGAAAUGCUACCCCCACAGGCUCCCCUGCCCCUGGUGUGGGAAUGCAUCCUCCUGGUCCACCCCUGGCACGGCCUGUCCUCCCUCGAGACAGAGGCGCUUUGGACAAGCUUAUUGAGUACCUAGUAGGUGAUGGCCCUCAGAAUAGAUAUGCCCUAAUAUGCCAGCAGUGUCUAUCUCAUAACGGCAUGGCAUUAAAGGAGGAAUUUGAAUAUGUUGAGUGUGUUAUGGCUGCUGUUUCAGCAUUCAGAUGUGCUUACUGCUACUUCCUGAAUCCUGCUCGGAAGACACGCCCCCAGGCUCCACAUCUCUCUGAAUUUAGUGAAGGCAAGACAAGCCUAGGACCAUCUGCUGUUGCCUUGGAGACAGACCAAGGUGCACCCACAUCUUCCCCAGCAGAGGAUAAAUCUGAGUCCUUUGGCCCUGUAGAGGAGGAGAAGUCAAGUGAGCAUCAGGCAGAAAACCAAAAAGAGAAACCAGGACCUCUAGAACCAGCCACCACUCUCUCUGACCUUGCUGACAAAUCAGACAAUGAACAAGAUGUAUCUGCUAUGGAGGUGGAAUAAAGAAUAUCUACAAAUUUAACCAGUCCCCUGGAAAGGUGUGCAUUAUGUAACGCAUGUUUAACGUGUUUGGGAGUACUUAGAAAGUUUGUAACUUUGAUUUAGUCUAGUUUAAGUAUACUUUUCUUAUUAAUUUCUUUCUUUUUUUUUUAAAAACUGUAAUAAAUCUGGAGGAGAUGAGGUUAAAAGACAGAAAUGCCAAUAAUUAAGUGCUAAAAACUUAUCCUGUUUGUGUUCAAAUAUAUAUUUUUUUGUUUUAUGUUGAAGUACCCUUCAAUCUGCAUCAUUCUGACCAUUUACAUGUCUUUAGUUUAGUUCUCCCUAAUGAGAAUAACUCCUCAGUGAUAGUCCUUUAUUUCAGAAGGGAAAAUUCAUGAGUACUGUUUAUGACUGAAUGUAUUUAACUUGUUUUUCCAGCAUGUACAAUAAUGCAAAAUGUCUGCUCUUUUCUGAGAAAUAUUUGAUAUUUAUAGAUGUUUACACCUUUAUUACAGUGCCUUUUUUUUUGAAGGUAUUAAGUAGGUUUAUAGUUUUCUUUGUACCUGCAGUGAGAUGGGUUUCAUGUUUACACAGAUUAGCUAGUCAUUAAAAAAUCCACAGCUAUUUAUUUAAUUAUAGAAUCUGAAGGUAGAGCAGUAUUAUAUAUGUAUGUGCCUUUCUAUUUAAGAUUUCUGUAAAAAAUAAAUAGUAAUUAUUUAAUUACUA